CAAAUAGUAGAGUUAAAUUCCAAAUUGACCCAAAUCUAGUUGAGUCCCCAUCAGACCAGACCAAAGUAACACAACUCAUCUGGCCGGAAAACGUGCUCACUCUUCCUCUUCCGCCGCCACUACCAGUAACCUACGCCACGUUAGCCGCCUCUGCAACACGCGACGCCGCAGAGAAUUCCGUUGCAGCGGAUCAGAUCAAAGCUCUACUCAAGGACAAGAGAUAGUAUCUUUUAGUACUACUCAGAUUUGUUUGGAUUUUGCCUACAGUGAUAAUGGAAGUUGGCUAAGGAAGCCAAUGUUCCGAAAUCGAGAAGAUGGAAGGUCUUUCAGCUCCACCUGGUUUUGUAUCUUUAACAUCUUUUUUCUUGAAAAAGGAUGACAAGAUUGAGAAAACCAGUCAGUCCAACCCAAUCCCCACGAAGACUAAACCUGAGAUGGAUGACAAUACUUCAUAUAACCCGAUUUAUGCACAUCGGCCAUGGAUAGUAUCGGAGAAGGACAGGUGCAAAUCUGAGGAAUUUUGCGCUGAGCAUCGUCCUAUGGUUAAGAAUCCCCAUACAAAUUCUUCUCGUCCAAAAGGAACUGUAUAUGGAUGUCCAAACUGCAGUAAUUGUUUAAAGGUAACAGCAAGGUGGCAUCCUGAGGAUGCAAGAAGAGAAGUUCUGGAAGAUGCUCCUAUUUUCCGUCCAACAGAAGAGGAAUUCAAAGAUACACUUGGAUACAUCGCAAGCAUACGUUCCCGAGCAGAACCAUAUGGAAUAUGCCGUAUUGUCCCUCCUAGGAGUUGGAAACUGUCAUGUACUCUUCAAAAAGAGAAUGUAUGGGAAAGCUCUGAAUUUGUUGCUCAAACUCAGCGAAUUGAUGGGCACCAAGUUCAGCUUGCACAAGAAAGUAUGGCUAGCUCUCAUGAUACUACCGAAAGCAAGAGAAGAAAAGUGAUUAAAGAAGAGAUGGACUCUCAUCUUGGUAAUAGAAGCAUCUGCACCUCAAAUAACGGAAAUAUUGAAGGCUGUGACGGUAAGCCUGAAUCCGGUCCGAAAUUCACUCUCAAAAUGUUUAAGAAAUUGGCAGAUGAUUUCAAGAUCCAAUACUUCAACUGCAAGGAUGAGAUUCAGAUUAUGGGUUCUGAUAAAAAUUCCGCCAUUCAUCAACAGCAAAGGGAGCCAUCUGUUGGGGAUAUUGAGGGUGAGUACGGACGGAUUGUUCAAAAUCCAACUGAAGAAAUUGAGGUUCUAUGUGGUAAUACUUUGGAGGCCGGAGAUUUUAGCAGUGGAUUUCCAUUUCCAACUGUUUCUGACCCUGAAUAUAUGAAAUCUGGAUGGAACUUAAAUAAUAUGAUUUCACUCCCAGGCUCUCUUCUUUCUUUUGAAAACCCUGAAGCUGCACGUAAAUUUUCCCCUCGGGUACAUGUGGGAAUGUGCUUUUCUCCACUUAAAUGGAGAGUUGAAGAGCACCAAUUGUACUCAUUAUGUUACAUGCAUUUGGGUGAACCCAAAGUAUGGUAUAGUGUCCCAGGAAGAUCUGCUGAUCACUUUGAAACAGUUUGGAAGAAGUAUCUCGGAGAUAUGAAUGCAGGAAAACCUGAUUUGCAUGAUGAUCUGACUAUGCAGUUAUCCUGCUCAGUAUUGAAGGCAGAGGGUAUACCGGUAUAUCGUUGUAUUCAGUAUCCUCGUGAAUUUGUUCUUGUCUUCCCUGGAGCAUAUCAUUCAGGAUUUGAUUGUGGUUUCAACUGUUCUGAAGCGGCAAACUUUGCUCCUCUCGAGUGGCUGCCUCAUGGACAGAAUGUUGUAGAGCAAUAUUGUGAACAGAAGAGAAAGACAUCAAUUUCAUUCGAUAAGUUGUUACUGGGAGCAGCAAGGGAAACUGUGAGAGCCCGCUGGGAAAUUGAUAUACUUAUGAAGAACACGCCCGAGAACGUAAUGUGUAGAGACGCAUAUCAAAGAAAUGGGAUCUUAAAAGAAUCUUUGAAUUCUCGCAUCAGUAGUGAGAAUUUGAAGAGGAAAUUUAUUUCUACUUCUUUCAAAUCACAAAAAAUGGAUGAAAGCUUUGACGCAAGUUGUAAAAGGGAAUGUAGCAUAUGUCUGCGUGAUUUAUUCCUGUCAGCUGUUGGUUGUUCAUGUUCAGAUGACAAGUUUGUGUGUCUUGAUCAUGCAAGAAAGCUUUGUUCUUGUCCUUGGACAGACAAAAUUCUCCUCUACCGUUACGCAAUCAGUGAAUUGGAGGUUCUUCAUCAAGCUUUGCAUGGAAAACUAAGUGCAGUCUAUAAAUGGGCCAAAGAAGAUCUUGGUUUAACUGUGCGCUCAGUUGCCUCCAAGAGAUCUAAACAAACCCCAGAGAAAGUAAAUGGUUCAGUAGAUUCGUCGAAACUACCUAUAUCACAGUCCACGGUGGAUCCAUACAACAAGUGGAAACAGCUUAAAUCGCAAGGAACACCAAAUGCUUUGGCAGGCAAACAGAGCGAAACGGCCUUCCAAGCCAAGCAGUCCCAUGGUAGCGCUCACAGUAAUUCGAAUGUCAUUCAUCCAGAAAAGAACACAACUGUACUUCAUUCAGCAAUAUCAAAUGAGGUCAAACCUAAAGAGAAAACGGCGUUGCACAAUUCUGCUGCAAAAAGAAUUGGCGAAGGAAGUAAUUCAUCUGAGAUCAAACCUGAUAGCAAUGCAAUUGGUGAUAAGCUCACAAUUUCGAAGAAAGUAGAAGAACCAAAAGCUUCUGAACCAGGCUCGGGUUUCUUGUCUUUUCUACAAGACGACAUUUUCGAUGAAGUUUUAUCUGAUAGUACAAGUUCUUCUAGUUCUUCGGAAACUGACUAGGUGUAUUUAUCUGACAAUAUUUAUAAGAUUUUUUUCAAUUGUAUUUAUUAAAGAAUACUAUUAGCAUUACUCUCAAUUUAACAUUUUCAAACUUUUAUAUAUACUAAAGAUGAAUGUACCAAUAUAAAAUCAAACUAACGUUUUAGCAGGAAAAUAAAUGUUCUCUUUCAUU